AGAGUUUAGAAGUCUAGGUCUGCCUACAGGAGAAAAUUAGUUGAAUAAUUACGAUAAAAAUGCACACGAUUAAGCUCUUUCUUUUUAUUGUUCCUCUAGUUAUUUCUUCCAAAAUUGACCAAGACUAUUCAUCAUAUGAUUCUAUGUCUCCAGAGCCAAAAUCAAGAUUUGCUAUGUUAGAUGAUGUAAAAAUUUUAGCCAAUGGCCUCCUUCAGUUAGGACAUGGUCUUAAAGACUUUGUCCAUAAGACUAAGGGCCAAAUUAAUGACAUAUUUCAAAAACUCAACAUAUUUGAUCAGUCUUUUUAUGACCUAUCACUGCAAACCAAUGAAAUCAAAGAAGAAGAAAAGGAACUUAGAAGAACUACAUCCAAACUACAAGUCAAGAAUGAAGAAGUAAAGAAUAUGUCACUUGAACUCACCUCAAAACUUGAAAGCCUCCUAGAAGAAAAAAAUCUACUUCAACAAAAAGUGAAAUAUUUGGAGAAGCAAUUAACCAGUUUAACUAAAAAUCAACCUGAAAUCCAGGAACACCCAGAAAUAACUUCACUUAAAAAUUUUGUAGAACAGCAAGAUAACAGCAUCAAAGACCUUCUCCAGACGGUGGAGGAACAAUACAGACAAUUAAAUCAACAGCAUAGUCAAAUAAAAGAAAUAGAAAACCAGCUAAGAAGAACUGGUGUUCAAGAAUCCACAGAAAAUUCUCUUUCUUCUAAACCAAGGGCACCAAGAACUACCCCUUUUCUUCACUUGAAUGAAACAAAAAUUGUAGAACAUGAUGACAUUCCUGCUAACUGUACCACCAUUUAUAACAGAGGUGAACAUACAAGUGGCAUCUACUCCAUUAGACCCAGCAACUCUCAAGCUUUUAAUGUCUACUGUGAUGUUAAAUCAGGUAGUUCAUGGACAGUGAUUCAACACCGAAUAGAUGGAUCACAAAACUUCAAUGAAACUUGGGAAAACUACAGAUAUGGUUUUGGGAGGCUUGACGGAGAAUUUUGGUUGGGUCUAGAGAAGAUAUAUUCCAUAGUAAAGCAAUCUAAUUACGUUUUACGAAUUGAACUAGAAGACUGGAAAGACAACAAGCAUUAUAUCGAAUAUUCCUUUCACUUGGGAGAUCAUGAAACCAACUAUACAUUACACCUAGUUGAGAUUACUGGCAAUGUCCCCAACGCACUCCCGGAACACAAAGAUUUGGCAUUUUCUACUUGGGAUCAUAAAGCAAAAGGACAUGUCAACUGUCCAGAAAGUUAUUCAGGAGGCUGGUGGUGUCACGAUGUAUGUGGGGAAAACAACCUGAAUGGUAAAUAUAACAAGCCAAGAGCAAAAACUAAGCCAGAGAGGAGAAGAGGAAUACAUUGGAAGUCUCAAAAUGGAAGGUUGUACUCUAUCAAAUCAACUAAAAUGUUGAUCCAUCCAACAGAUUCAGAAAGCUCUGAAUGAACUGAGACAAAUUAAAGAGCCAACAAAUCAAACAUUAAACUCAUCUGAAAUUACUGUGGUUUAAUAACCUGAUAUUAAAUCCCUAACACAAGGAUUCAGAAAUAGACUCUUGAUUUUAAAGCCACUAUCAACUUGAAAGUAAACAAAUCACCUCAAAGAACACCAUUUAUCUUUCCUAAUCAAAAUUCUUAUAUCAUUUAUACAUAUAUUUUGUGAUAUGAGUAUCAGUUUUAUAUAGUCACAGUCCAAAUUUUAACCAAUGGGUGAAUUUUUAAGUAAUUUUUUUAAAAUAAAAAACUUACAAGGACUUUUAUUUUAAAAGUCAUCAUGUAAGCUACUUUUACAGCUUCCUCAGUUAAAAAAAUUUUCUUGCCAAAAUUCUGAACUUGAAUACAUAUAAAAGACUGAUAAUUGUAUAGUUCCUAGAUUCUGUAAUAUUAUUAAUUUAAAAAUUAAAAUUCAGCCAGUUCAGAGUACACAUGAAAAUCUGUAAUACUAAUUUUAAAACUGAAGUUUCAUUUUGCUACAACAAAAUCUGAAACAAAUGUUUGGUAUGCUUUAUUUAGGAAGUCAAAUGAAGCAGGAUAUAAUACUAUAUUGAAGUAGAUUAACUGUCUUAAAUGCAGUAGAUCAUGAUUAUUAGGUCAUAUUGACUUUAAUAUCAGGUAUCACUGUAUCGUAACAUAUUUGUUAACUUAUGUAUAUACUGCAUACAUUUUAUAUGUUUUAACACUUAAUGAUGUGAAAACAAUUUAAAGGGAUCUUGUCAGAAUGUAAUGAGAAAGAAUGUAUUUGCAGCAUCAAGUUAAAGUUUAAUAAUUUAUUCUCCCUGGACACAGUAUGAGUCUAGUACGUUUGUGUAGGUUGUCAUAUAGAACUAAAAAUCAUAACAAGUUGUUGAAUGUUUAAACAGCCUGACAGAUGUGUAUAUACAUUUUCAAAUUCAAUAAAGACUCAUCCCUUAAUAUA